GCACCAACCCAAAAUGUCUUUUAUUCAAAUCUGUAUGAGAAUUAGGCAAUUCGAGAGACGCUCCACAGCAAAUAUGUCCGGAACGUUUAUGGCAGUCACGUAUUUCGACAAACCGUAAUGAUGGACGGACUGCAGGCACCAGGAAAUAUGAAGAGAGUUCCCAGUAAAACAUAUCCGAGUUCGUUUCAAAGCGCACCGUCGUGUACCGAGCGGCGUCGGUUUCGUGAAAUAGUGGGACUUUUCCCGACUAAAGUAAUAUUGUAAAACAUUUUAAAUACAUAUUUUAUUGCUGUCUACAUGCGGUUUAUUUCACUCAUACUCGUCACUGUCAACCAAUGCGGUGUUUUUGAGCGAAUAGUCAUUUCCGGUUUUGUCAUGGCGACGCUUUGAAAAUAGACGAUUGUGCUCUUGGUGUCAGCGAGGCUCACGCUGGUAUCCCCAAACAGCUCACGUAGUAGCUUCAAAUGCUAUAUUAAAGUAAUAUAUUUGGAAAUAAGUGCUAAUCAAACGAGUGUAGUUAGCGAACUAGACAUGAGACAAUUUAAGAACCUAAGUACUUUAUUUUCCUCUUCACACGCGUGGACACCCUUCAGGAGUUUACAGGUCAGGUUGUGCUGUCAUUCAAACGAGAAAAGGAAAACAUUCAAGACUAAAAUCUCCUCCGGUCCAAGUUUUUCCGAUUUUAUCAGAGGAGUCCCAAGUACGAAAGGAAGUGUUGCAGACAAAGAAUACAAACAUGACUAUUUCCACGACGACUUGGAGAUGGGGAAUUCACGAAAAGUCUACUUUGAAACAUAUGGAUGCCAAAUGAAUGUAAAUGACACAGAGAUUGCCUGGUCCAUUCUACAAAGGAAUGGAUAUCAACGCACCACAUAUUUAAAUGAGGCAGAUGUUGUCCUGCUUGUAACAUGCUCCAUAAGAGAAAAAGCAGAACAAACCAUCUGGAACAGACUACAACAACUGACAGCGAUGAAGAAGAAACGCUUUAAGAGUCGAACGCCAAUGAAAAUUGGGAUUUUAGGUUGCAUGGCAGAGAGAUUGAAGACGGAGCUUUUGGAGCGCGAGAAGCUCGUGGACGUUCUCGCCGGGCCAGACGCCUACCGCGACCUUCCGCGCCUGUUGACUGUAGCCGAGGGCGGUCAACAAGCAAGCAACCUGUUGCUGUCGUUAGAGGAGACCUACGCUGACAUUAUGCCCGUCCAUCACUCUGCACAGGGCCACAGUGCUUUUGUGUCCAUCAUGCGGGGCUGUGACAAUAUGUGCAGUUACUGCAUUGUUCCCUUCACGCGCGGCCGCGAGAGGAGCCGACCUGUCAGCUCUGUUCUUGAGGAAGUCCAUAUGCUUUCAGACCAGGGCGUGAAGGAGGUGACAUUGCUGGGCCAGAACGUGAACAGCUACAGAGACACAUCGGAAGAGCAGUUCUGGGGUGCGAGUCCCACCAAGAUGAGCCGCGGCUUUAAGACGCUUUAUCGAGCCAAGCAGGGAGGUCUGCGUUUCUCUGACCUGCUGGACAGAAUAUCUCAGGUGGAUCCCAAAAUGAGGGUCAGAUUCACGUCACCACAUCCCAAGGACUUCCCCGAUGAGGUUUUGCAUUUGAUCGCAGAGAGGGGAAACAUUUGUAAACAGAUCCAUCUUCCGGCCCAGAGUGGCAGCAGUCAGGUCUUGAAAGCUAUGCGCCGUGGCUACACAAGAGAGGCAUACCUCGAGCUAGUUCAGAACAUCAGGAGUAUUAUUCCAGAGGUUAGUCUCAGCAGUGACUUCAUCUCAGGCUUCUGUGGUGAGACGGAGGAAGACCACCAGCAGACUUUGUCACUUAUCAGAGAAGUGGGCUACAACAUAGGGUUCCUCUUUGCCUACAGUAUGAGAAAGAAAACCCACGCCUUCCAUUCCCUUCAAGACAACGUGCCAGUUGCGGUAAAGCAACACAGGCUGGAGGAGUGCAUCAGUGCGUUCAGGCAGGAAGCGGCAAAAAUCAACGCUGCUCUUGUUGGCAGCACACAGCUUGUCCUGGUGGAGGGGGAGAGUAAGAGAUCUGCCAAGGAGCUGUGUGGGAGAACAGAUGGCAACAUGAGAGUGAUUUUCCCUAGAGAGGAUGUGGCUGCUCAGUCUGCAGAGUCCAAUACUGCUGCAGUCAACCCUGGAGAUUAUGUCCUGGUGAAGAUAAUGUCAUCCAGCUCACAGAGCUUGAGAGGUCAAGCCUUGCGUCACAGCUCCCUAAUGAUGCAGUCACAACCUGAUGACCAUUUGGCCACAGAACCAACCAUGAUUGCCACAUGAGCAUAAGCAGCACUACUGACAGGUUAGGAGUCAAACUAUUCAAAGAUAUUACCCUGUCGAAAAGAUAUUUUAGCACUGUGUUUGCGUUAAUGCACUGAAAAUAUGUAAGCAUAACACACUGUAAACCAUGCUGACUUAAUUAUAUUCUAGUUAGAUUUGUUUGUUAAUUUGUAUUCCUUUGAGUAACACACAGUAUUUAUGUGUUGGAUUUUAUAAAGCUAUUAAAAGAAGAACACAGUAUUGCAGUUGCAGACGCACGACCUUGUUCUGCACUCUCUCUCUCUCUCUCUUGUUUGAUCACACAAUUAUUGUAACAGUGUUGAAAAAAAAAAAAAUCACAACGUUCAUAUAGCUGCCCUAAAGCCAGAGUUCAAUUUGCAUGUGCUCGCUGUUCUUUUACUCUGAGCAUACCGGUUUUAUACAGCAAUUCAAAACCAUGCAUGUUUGCUUAAUCGUCCUGGGAUAGGCUCCAGCUCACCUUUGACAAAAU